AGGUGUAAUUGACAUUUCAGAAAAAACAAAACAUUUCAAAAUGGUAUAAAUUUAUUGAUAAAACAUAGUCAAGAUGACUGACUGGUUCACUAAUUUAAAAAAUGCGAAAAAAUCGUGUAUAAACGACAAAAAUUUAAAAAAAGUGCAUUACGAAUUGAACGAUGGACGCCAGUUAGUCGAAGAAUAUAAUACAGAUACAGGCGUUCUUACCAGAAGAGCUUGGAGAAAUUUGAGUAAUUUGUCCAAUGAAGAAAAAUGGGAUAUAGAAAUAGGGGAUCCAGAACCAACCUACAACAGUAAGGAAGAACAUGCAAUUAAAGAAAGUUCGGGACAACCUUUUAUUUCAAGAAGAAACACUAGAAUAAAUUUAGAAUGGAGGAUUCGUAAUCUUCCCUAUCCACCCGAAGUUUAUUCAGUAAUUGUUAAUCCUGAAGAACAGUGUUUAGUGGUUAAAACUUCGAAUAAAAAAUAUUUCAAGAAAAUUCCAAUACCCGAUCUCUCGAGACUCAAUAUCCGUUUGGAUCAGACAAAAGUAUCGUUCACACAUAAAUUUAAUACGCUUAUUAUUGUUUAUCAGAAGCCUAAGGAAUUGUUAGAGUUUGAGAAGCUGCUGUACAAAGAGAUUUCUAAAAUUGAACCUAAAAACCUAGAAGGCGUACCAGAUUGCCGACCCAGUUAAUCAUAUUUGUAAUUUAGUGUCCUAAAGUGAUUUUUUUCCAACUAACAUGGUAAAUCGAAAGUAUUGUGAUUUAAAAAUAUAAAUAAGUAAUAAAAA